CAAAGAUAGCGGCCAGUCAGCAAGGACCACCCAUCAGCAAGGCAAGUGAGCAAGGCACACGAUAACGCAAACAGGCAGCAUGUCUGGGUAUGGAUAUGGGGGACCCCCUCAGGCACCACAGCAGGAGCUGAUCAACUGCCCGACUUGUGGGACAGCGCUUGUGUGCCCGCCUGGCGCACCCGUCAUCUCCUGUGGCAUCUGCAAAAACCCAAUUCGUGUGGCACGGCAACCACAGGCCGGGCCACCACCGGCUUAUGGAGGCCCGCCUCCUCCACAAGCUCCGCCCCAGUCACGUCAACCGUCGCACCCUCCAAUCACACACCAAGGAGGAUGGGCGCCUGGGCCUGUCGUCCCUGGACCACAGUCUGGCCCACCCCCUGGGCCGUUUCACGUGCGACGAAGACGCGCCCUCAUCAUCGGCAUCAACUACAUGGGAACGAGCGCUGAGCUGGGUGGCUGCAUCAACGACGCUCGCUGCAUGCACUAUCUGCUCAAGACCAAGUUUGGGUUCCAGGACGCUGACAUUCUUCUCCUCACCGAAGACAACCCAAACCCCAUCAUGCACCCGACCCGCCAGAACAUCAUCAACGGCAUGCGGUGGUUGGCGGGAAGCGCGCAGCCUGGUGACUCGCUCUUCUUCCAUUUCAGCGGGCAUGGCAGCCAGCGGCGGGACCGCGAUGGCGACGAGAUUGACGGUUUGGACGAGACAAUAUUGCCCCUAGACCACCGGCGUGCCGGGCAGAUUGUGGAUGACCAGAUCAACGACCUCAUCGUGCGCCCCCUGCCCCAGGGAUGCCGCCUCCACGCCGUCGUCGACGCCUGCCACAGCGGAUCAGUGAUGGAUCUGCCGUACAUGCUGCGCGGAACAGACGGGUACGGCCGCGCCAACUGGCUGCACGAGGCUGCUUUUGCCCGGAAAUUCAAGGGCACCAGCGGGGGAGAGGCGGUGUGUUUCUCCGCCUGCGAUGAUUCACAGACAUCUGCAGACACAACUGCGUUCUCAAAAGUCACGCGCACGGGCGCCAUGACCUUCCUCUUCAUCGAGGCCAUCGAAAAUGGGCACGGCUCCACAUACGCGUCGGUCCUCGCCCAGAUGAAGGCUCGCCUCCGCGCCGCCCGCGCGUCAACGUCCAGUGCAGAUCCGUUUGGAUUUGGUGGGGGCAGCAUGUUGACGGGCGUCCUUGGUAUGCUCGUGUCUGGUGGCAGCUAUCGCCCCAGUGCACGCGGCCUCUCCCAGAUUCCACAGCUCUCCUCCAGCCAGCCCUUUGACAUCAACAGGCCGUUUGUCCUGUGAUGUUGAUUCUUGCCCUCAAGGCAGCUAUGGUGAUGCGUUACGUUGCCACAAGCUUGUGCCGUAACGUAAAACGUUGUUGUCAGUCAGAACUCUGUCCGUGUAUUGUAGCUGAACCGCGUGCCCUCGUGAAGCAUCACACGUGCACGUCAAUGUAACGAAUCAAAAUCAGCGAAAAC